CUCGGGACUCCAGCUCCAAGCGCGCAAGGCGGCCACCGAGCGAGCGCGCUAGCAGCCGCUCCCGCCCAGUGCAUCCGCAGCUACCGCGCCGCGGCGAGACCCACAGACCGACCGACGGACCCGCACAGUUGCAGCAUCCUGGAGGAGAACAUGCUCGCCAACUCAGCCAGCGUACGGAUUCUCAUCAAGGGGGGGAAGGUGGUGAAUGAUGACUGCACCCACGAGGCGGACGUUUACAUCGAGAACGGCAUCAUCCAGCAGGUGGGCCGCGAGCUCAUGAUCCCCGGAGGGGCCAAGGUGAUCGACGCCACCGGGAAGCUGGUGAUCCCUGGAGGCAUUGACACCAGCACCCACUUCCACCAGACCUUCAUGAAUGCCACGUGUGUGGACGACUUCUACCAUGGGACCAAGGCGGCGCUCGUUGGAGGCACCACCAUGAUCAUCGGCCAUGUCCUUCCUGACAAGGAGACCUCCCUCGUGGAAGCCUAUGAGAAGUGCAGGGGUCUCGCUGACCCCAAGGUCUGCUGUGACUAUGCCCUUCAUGUGGGGAUCACCUGGUGGGCACCCAAGGUGAAAGCAGAAAUGGAGACACUAGUGAGGGAGAAGGGGGUCAACUCCUUCCAGAUGUUCAUGACCUACAAGGACCUGUACAUGCUUCGAGACAGUGAGCUCUACCAAGUGUUUCAUGCCUGCAGGGACUUUGGGGCGAUCCCCCGAGUUCACGCUGAAAACGGGGAGCUCGUGGCUGAGGGUGCUAAGGAGGCUCUAGAUUUGGGUAUCACAGGCCCAGAAGGAAUCGAGAUCAGUCGUCCAGAGGAGCUGGAAGCUGAAGCCACUCACCGUGUCAUCACCAUUGCAAACAGGACUCACUGUCCCAUCUACCUGGUCAAUGUGUCCAGCAUCUCUGCUGGUGAUGUGAUUGCAGCUGCUAAGAUGCAAGGGAAAGUGGUGCUGGCUGAGACCACCAACGCGCAUGCCACACUCACAGGCUUGCACUACUACCACCAGGACUGGUCCCAUGCAGCUGCCUACGUCACGGUGCCUCCUCUGAGACUGGACACCAACACCUCCACCUACCUCAUGAGCCUGCUGGCCAACGACACUCUGAACAUUGUGGCAUCAGAUCACCGGCCAUUCACCACGAAGCAGAAAGCCAUGGGCAAGGAAGACUUCACCAAGAUCCCACAUGGUGUGAGCAGCGUGCAGGAUCGAAUGAGCGUGAUCUGGGAAAGGGGCGUGGUUGGAGGAAAGAUGGAUGAGAACCGCUUCGUAGCUGUCACCAGUUCCAAUGCAGCCAAGAUUCUCAACCUGUAUCCUCGCAAGGGCCGCAUCAUCCCUGGAGCCGAUGCCGACGUGGUGGUGUGGGACCCAGAAGCCACAAAGACCAUCUCAGCCAGCACCCAGGUGCAGGGUGGAGACUUCAAUUUGUAUGAGAACAUGCGCUGCCAUGGCGUGCCGCUGGUCACCAUCAGCCGGGGACGCGUCGUGUAUGAGAAUGGCGUCUUCAUGUGCGCAGAGGGCACUGGCAAGUUCUGUCCCCUGCGGUCUUUCCCAGACAUUGUCUAUAAGAAGCUGGUGCAGAGAGAGAAGACCUUAAAAGUGAGGGCAGUGGACCGCACUCCCUACCUAGGGGACGUCGCUGUUGUUGUCCACCCUGGGAAAAAAGAGAUGGGAACGCCACUGGCAGACACUCCCACACGGCCAGUCACCAGGCACGGGGGCAUGCGGGACCUUCAUGAAUCCAGCUUCAGCCUUUCCGGUUCUCAGAUCGAUGAUCACGUUCCAAAGCGGGCCUCAGCUCGGAUCCUUGCGCCCCCUGGAGGCAGGUCGAGCGGUAUUUGGUAAAGGCUCUGACCAGCCCCCUCAAGUGAGGAUGCUCCACCGCCACCCGCCUGCACACCUUCUGGCCACAGCUGCAGGGGGUGGGAGAGGCUGGGCAGGGCAGCGCUCUGCUGGUGGGGGCUCCAGGAAGCAGAGAGCCCUCCCCUUGUCUGAACGUGUUUCACGGGGCUUUGACCCACCCCUGCCAAGGCACUUUGAGCUGUCCCUCCUGCUCUGCUCCCUCCUUCCUUCCUCGGUCCUGGGGUUUCUCUGGGCCCCAGCGGCCACACUAUGCACAGCACCCAAAUGCAUAGCGCCUGGCCCCGCCCCUCCUCUCACGACAACCACCAGUGCAGGCUCUGGGAAGGCCCGGACUUGAGUGCCCUGGCCUGCUGCCCACCUAGACAGGCGUCCAGAGCACUUUAGCAGAUGUGUGUUAUAAGAAAGGGCCUUCCCUCCUCAUCCCUUAGGUACUAUGGUGACAGUUCCCAAGUCAGACAGGUGUUAGCUUCCCAGCCAUGCCCGAGAUGUCCCAUCUUUACUGACUUACCCCUGUGUAGGUACAGUCAGGACACCCUGGUUGUGGCUGUGGUUGGGACACCCUGUGCCCUUUGCCGGCCUCUUUCCACUCCCUACCCACACCCUCUGGGAGCCCCAGACCCCAGAUGGGUAGCUGGGUGGGCAUGGGGCUGGUGCCAGGCGCGUGUAAAUGGUUUUGUUUUGCACGUUUGGUUUGCGCAGUGGUUUGGUUUGACUUGUUUGUGCACCCUGUGGACAAUAACGGUGCUUCGUGUCACUAGCGUAGCAUAGAAUCGGGAGUAGAUUUGGUUCUUAGGAGAUGCUGCAGUCACCACCAACCAGAAAGUCCAGGGCAGCGGUGGGGACAGGCUGUCCCCCAGCCCCUUUCCCCCAACCCAGGGUCCUGCUACAAGAAGCAGCCCUGGACCAUGCCUCCCCUGUCCCACACCCCUACCUCUUACCACCCCCAACUUACUUUUUCUACAUUCAAAUGUCCUGGAUGCUGACCCUGGAAACCUUCAAGCAACAAGGCGGCCCCUCUCUCAUCGAUUCUCCUGGUCACUCCCAGCACUAACCCCCAUGUCCAUACCCUCACACCCCUACACAUCUUCCUAUAAGUUGCCCCUGCUGGACAAGGCCUCGCUACUCCUCCUGUGUGACUAGCAAGAGGCCUCAUGCCUGCUGAGAGAGGGGGAGUAGGAGAGGGUUGGCCAGCCACCAGGCGGGGGGCUUCAACAUGCAAGCCCUAGCCGGAGAAUCGGCUCCACUGUCCAAGUGCUAUGGGGUCCUGCACUCAACACCACGCUCUUGUUGGCUGCUGGUUAGGCCCGCCCUGCCUCAGAAGCUCUUUGGGGGUUCUCAUAGGGUUCCCAAUCUGAGAAGUGACCCGCCUGCCUGCCAUUAAUAGGCCUCAUCAUCCCUCCCUCCCCCUUCUUGGGAAACGAUCUCACUUUGGCUUGAGCUCCCCAAACCUGCCAGAGGCCUCAGAGAUCUUGGUACUCAUCCCUGCAGUUUGUACUGCUUUGGGUCCACCAAAGCACUUCCACGCAUCCUCUCUCGCUCCUCCUUAUGGUGGGGUGCUUACCACUCUCCCCCAUCUUACAGAUUUUAAAAAAAAAUAACCUGAGGCCCCAAAAGUUAAGGCUGGCUGGCUCCAGAAGUGUCCAUGACUGACCUGAUGGCCUUGGCUGGUCUAACCUAGAUGUGGAAAGCGGCUGUGGACUGAUACCGGGCCCACCAAGAGUUCCACCAGAUAGAACAAAUGCUUUCUCCCUGGGGAGAAAAACGCAUUCUGCCUUGCUUUGCACACGUCGGUCUUCAUUAUCUUUAUUGUGAGCAGACUACUGUAUACUCUCGGUUUGAGCCUGGACUAGAAAAGUGUUGGGAACUUGUGUGUGGCUUUAGUUGCAUCCUCAUCUUCAUUGUCCUCAUUUUGGAGCUGAAAUGAUAACCCGGAGAGCUGAGGAAGCCAUGGGAACAGUAGGCAAUGAUGCUGGAAAAGCCUCAUGGGUAGCAAAAGCAGUGAUACUGAUCCCUGGUACAGUCCUACAGUGGCUGCUGGCUCCUCUCCUCCUUUUUCUCCUUCUCUUCCUUCCUCCGCCUCCUGCUCCUCCUCCUCUUCUUUUUGAGACAAAGUCUUGCCUAUGUAGCCUGGCCUUGAACUCAGAGCAUCCUGCCUCAGUUUCCCAAGCACUGGAAUUCCAGGCACGAGCUACCACACCUAGCUAUAUAUCAUCUUUGUCUAUUUUUGCCCUUGUUUGGUCAUGGGCCUUGGGCAGAUGCCAAAGAUCCGAGGGAUGGUAGGACCAGCGAGGCAGGGCACCUUGCUUGGGCCAGGAAAGCUUUACCUGAGUGCCUCCACCUGAGAAGUGCAUGACCUGGCGUGGUGAGAGAGUACGUGUUCAAGGGGCCGCUGUAGGCCUUCCACUUCAUCCACCCCCACCCUUGAGUACACCCAAAUCCACCCUUCCAUAGACUGUGCUCACCCAGGAGCUUCUGGGUGUGAAUCGGGAGGCUCGAGGAGCCAAACAAACCAUCACACACCCCCACCCCCGUGUCCACUCCCUGCCCCCAUCAGAACUCCAGCCAGCCCCAUCCCAGGCCCAGUGGCUGCUGGCUGGAACGAAAAGGGUCUCUGGUUGCAAUGAAUGCAGCUCUCAAACUGGUCUUGUACUUGCUGAAUAAAUACUGUUGUUCUUGCCUUAGCUGCUCUCUAGGUUUGUGGGGUUAACGCACCCAAAAAUUGUGCUACUGUGUGUGUGUGCGUGUGCGUGUGUGUAGUGCUAGGAGCCCACAGUAGGCCUCUUGUCAAGCCAAUGCCGUGAUAAGGGCAUCUCUUAUACUGACCCAGAAACCACAGAACCACAUGGAAGCCAAACCUCCUCCAGCUGCUGAGGCAGCAAGCACACAGCCUGGGGUCAGAAUGGAGCUGUCAGUAACAUCCCAGCACCCAAGGGACUUCCUCACUCCUCUGUAAUGUCAUGGUGCUAAAAUCGUGUCAAUCCCACGAUGACACAUAGUCCUAUGCUUUGGCCACCGUUUGAGGCAAAAACCAAACAGCCCAACACGUUGUGUUCUGGUGCAGGUUUGUAUUAAACUGUAGCUACUUCUCUCUCGG